GUGAAGAAUCUCUGCGAGGGGGCAUGGGGACGAGAAAACAGAUGGCUGGGGAGGAGGACGAGGACGAUGUUUUGUGCCAGGGCGCGCCCACCGCAUCCGUGAAGAAUUUCUGCGGGGGGGCAUGGGCGAGCUUCUGCGUGUCCGGCCGCGGGGCCCCCCCCCGCGGCUUCCGGCGCAAGGAGGCGGAGGAGGCGGAAGAAGGAGGAGGAGGAGGAGGGCGCAAGGAGAGGAAGAGGAUGAUGAGGAUGACAAGGAGCCCGACCGGGCUAAAUCGCCCGAGGCCGGGGAGCGAUAGUGGGCAUGAGCAAAUCACGCCUCGCGUGCAACCGCUGCCCUUGCAGAAGCCGCUCCCGCAAAAAGCACCCGCAUGAUGCCGCGCGGCAACAGAGUCAGUGACUCCUCUCAAGCGAGGGCGCUCCCCCUGCGCUCGCACCUAUAACCCACGGCUGCCUACUGAGCCCCGUGCGGCGUCUCGGCCCAUUUUUGGCUGGCGAGCGGACGCUGGACUUAGGUCCGGCGUGCCCGCCUUCAGGCGGAUUUUGAACGGAAAAGUAAAGAUACUCAAAAAAACAUAUCCAAUUAGUUAAGAUAGAAACCAUACCAACUAAAAAACAGCCCAAACACAGGCCAGACGGGGCUCGCAGCCGCUUCGGGCCGCGUGGCAGGGAAUGCGGAAGUAGCGGCGGCCGCCACUGGUGAAUCAAAACGUUCGGGUGGCAUAUCAUUUUCGCGAUCAACAUCAGGUCCGCCUGUCGUGGCAAGCGCAGAAGGACGGGCGGCAACAGGGGCAGCCGCUGCCUGAACAUGACGCGCGCUGGGGCCCGGCACGGCUUCUCCCUGGGCAGGCUGAAAUGGCGACGAAGCGAAAUCCCCGAACGUCUCCUCGACUGCCUCUACCGGUCGCUCCCUCGCGACCCCGCGGGCCGCGACGCGUCGGGCCUUGGCUCGGCUGGACUUGGAGACUGGCGUCGGCCGGGCCUGUGGCCUGGGCGCCCGAGGCAGGCGGGCGGCCACGACGAGCUUGCGACAAAGAAGCUGGCAGCGUGAGCUCCGACGGGGCACAAGCUCGCCACAGCGUGGCUUCCACGGGGCCGUCAUCACCGUCGACACCUGCACGAUGUAGGGCAAGCGCGGGCAGCUGGCCAUGAUGCAGUCGAGCUUGCCACCCUUCCCCGACGCGCGCGCUCGAUGUCGGGCGCGAAAAAAACAGCCCCCACCUUCUCGACAAAGCCUUCGCUGACGAGGACGCUGGGAUCAAUAUUGAAACCUCAAAUGACGAACCACGGUGAACGAAGUCGUGCGACUACCGCUCCUAGCUCAGCGGAUCGAAAAACGCCCCUGCCACUGAGGCCCUCGGAGCGGAAGCCGUAGAAACUGAUGGCCACCGCUGGCUAGCCGUGCGCGUGAAUGAGCCCGAUCGAGGAACCGUCGCAAGACGGAAGCAAGGGGCCUGCAGGACGCGAGUGACCACGCCGGACCCACUAAGCCGCAGGAAUUUGAUGGAAUGCCGACACAAAACCCAUUACCCUCCUUCGUGCCCUGUGAGCCGCGCGGCGUUGUCGAUCAACUGGAGACGAGGCUUGCGGGCCUGGCUCUUCGAAUGCUGCAGCUCGCUGGUCGACCCGGCACGACUCCCAAUUGGACCACAAUAAAGAAACGGCGCGCACGCUGGGCCAGUGAUGAAGCCCCGGGCCUGCUUGCCCACGGCUGUGACGUUGCCGAAAAAAAUGUCGGAGUCCGAGUCCUGCCUGGGGUCCGAGAAACCUUCGCGGACGACAGGCUAACUGAGCACCGCGAUCAUCAACAUGUGCCCCUGGCUGGUGGACGCGAUGGCUG